GCAUCUAGCAUUUUGGCCAUUACCAAUGUCAAAGAAUCUUGCAAUCGUCGUCCCAUCGGCAGCGAGCGGUAAACUAGCUCCGGCUAAACCGGUCGAUAUUCCCACGCCUGGACAUGGCGAACUUCUCAUUCGUGUCGAGGCCUGUGCGCAGAAUCCGGUGGAUCCUGUCCAGGCAGCAACAGGAUACGCCGUCGCUAGCUUCCCUAUCAUCUUAGGGUGUGACGCCGCUGGCGUAGUACUCGAAUCAACCGGUCAGGACGUAGGAUCCUUCAAAGCCGGGGAUCACGUCGCAACCCUGACCCCUCUGGGUCGUGAGUCAAAAUACGGCACCUAUCAGCGGUACUGCGUCACCAAAGCGGCGUCUUCAAUCAAGAUCCCCGAGAGCAUGCCAUUCGACCAGGCGGCCACCCUUCCGCUGGGAUUCUACACCGCCGCCAUCGGGGUGCAUACCAUGCUGGGCGUGCCUAUCCCCCUUGAGAAGGGCAAGGUCUCCCGUGACGUAGGAAUAGGCGAGUGGAUGCUCGUCUGGGGUGCUAGUUCGAGCGUCGGCGCUGCUGCUGUACAGCUCGCGAAGGCCGCUGGGUUCCAUGUUGUCGCCACGGCUAGCAAGCACAACUUCGAGUAUGUGAAGAGCCUUGGAACGGACGUAGUGCUCGAUUAUCAUGAUCGCAAUGUGAUCGAGAAGAUUCACGCUGCAGCCUCUCUCUCCCUGGCAUUCAACGCCAUCUCCACACUGCAGACGACGGAAGCAUGCAUGGCUGCUCUCACCGAUGGCGGGAAAGUCGCAAACGUCCUCCCGUUCGACGGCGUAAAACCUGACGGCGUCGAAGUCCUCGUGGUUCAGAGCACGGUCCUCAACCAGCCGGAGCACUUAGAGGAGCUCAAAGCGUUCACAGCGCUCUGGCAGGCUCUGGUCGAUGCGGGCAAGCUGAAGCCCAGCCCUGUCCAGUUGAUGCCCGACGGGCUGAACUCGAUCGACCAUGGGUUCGAACUGCAACACGACCACAAGAUCUCGGGCCACAAGCUCGUCUACCUCCCGCAGGAGACGCCCGAGGCUUAAUCCCGAGCUCCGGCAAGGAGCGGCGAGGGUGAGAGGGGAGGUCGGUGGGCGAGAGGGGCGUGUAUGCGUUUAUGACCGAGGAAACGUAGGUAUGUAAGUGUGUAUAAGUCUAAGUUUGGAAGCGGACGGUGUCCUACCCAACUUUGUUCAAGCAAAUAAAGCAUGUUUCUAACAGUAUCACGGCCGGUCCAUGGGACCAGCGGACCAA